AAAUUAUUGUUGAAAAUAAAAUAAAAAUUGUUACUUAAUUUUAGAGUAUUGUGUUGUCUGCCGUCGUAUGCUAAUCCUCACUCUUUUUGAUUUAAAAAGAAGUGAAAUGUGUUUUGUUAUCGGAAAUAAAGUAAUGUGAAAAUAAAAAUGAAAUAAGAAUGGUUAAACAAUUUCUAAGAUUUCCAUUGGAGCAAGAAGUAUUGUUUUCGUUUAGUUUUUGGAAACUAAAGUGUAAUUUUGUCAUUUAAUUUUUAUACGAGUAAUUGAUUGUCUUUAAAAGAAUGAGUGAACGCACAUAAAAAACAAAUAAACAAAUAUGAAAAGCUCAAUUUUGUUGCAUGCUGCUAUUGCACAUAAAGUUUUUCUUUUGAAUAUUUAAAACUUAGACUUUACCACGCAACGGACCAAGCAAUAUACUUAAAAAAAAGAUCGAUUUUGUUUACAAAUAAAAAUACAAAAGAGACAAGUUAUAAUCGAUUGUGAUAAACUAUAAAUUGAAUUCAGUACAAAGAAAUUAUGGGAUCCACGAAGAAAACCAAGUCUUCCGAUACUCUUGUACGAUCGACUACCGAGUGCAGCAUAUUAACUACGACCACAACCACGGCGACAUAUCGCAGCAGUUCUACUUCGGCUAUGAUGGCAUCGGUGCGGCCGCAAACUUUAAAUGUUAACAACCCGCGAGAAGCACCUUCAGUUGAAGCAAAAUAUUUCAUUGGAGAAGCAUUAAAUGCAUGGCGAGCUAAAGCAAGAUGCAAUGUGGUGCCAGCCGAACGUGUACAAGAGUUAUUUCACGAGCUUCAAUUCAAUCCGAGUGAGCGACAAAUAAGCGAAAUGCUACAAACGGCAAAAAUGUUUGCCCGAAAAGGUAGCCGUCAAUGGCACGGCUUAACUUUUGGCGAAUUUUGUGUUUUGGCAGCAGAUUUAAAACGUUUUAGGACGUCAAGUUUUACACCAAUAAACGAGAAACUUCAAAUGCUUAAUGCUCGUGAAGGUGACAAUGAUACGGAUAGCGAUCCCGUGAUUCCAACAUCUGGGAAAAGAACCCAAAGAUCAAGACAUAAAAAACCCGAUCUAGAAAAUUCCUCUAUAUCAUCAUCGUGUCCUACUUCGAACGAUACCGGCACACCAGUCGAAGUAUUUUUAGGAGGUUCUUGUAAUCCAACAACUUGGAGAAAAGACGUAGCCAUACCAGCCCUCAAAUCACUUGGAAUUUCGUUUUAUAAUCCACAAGUAUCUGAUUGGACACCAGAUUUGAUUGAGCUGGAACAUCGAGCCAAGGAAAAGGCCAGAGUACUAUUUUUUGUGAUGGAUUCCGAAACAAGAGCUUCUGCUGGUGCCAUCGAAGCAGCACAUAUUGCGGGUCAAAAUUGUCAGCAAUUGGUUCUGGUUCUGCAUCCAUACAAGCCCGAUCAAUUUAUACUUAAUGAACCUCUAUCGCACCAGGAAUACACUGAUUUAAGCAGGAAUCAGCAAAUGUUGCGAGAGUUAGUGACUCGACGAGGAUUACCGGUCUUAGAUAACAUCCCAUCAGGUUUGCAAAGAACAAAGGAAAUUCUAGCGGGAAUACGUGAUCCACCAUCGAAUAUUGCAUCAAUUUUGAUAGUAGUACGCGGAGCUUUUGACAGAGUAAAUGCAAUGAAGGAAUUUAUAUCACUGGAGCAAUGUCAACGAGCUCUUUCGAUUUUGGGCUAUGCACAGAGUCUUUUGACAAUGGAAAAUCUUAAAAGUGUCAUCAUAUCUCAGCGUGAGUCCUUAGAUACGUCAUCAUUCAUGGAUUUAGAACCGGACAAGGUUUCGAAAACAACGGCUACAACAUCAGCAAGCAUAACUCGAAAUAAAUUAUUUUUGAAAAAGGAAACCACAAUACCUUUAGUUAAUGCAAAAAGAAAUGAGUUUCAAAUUGAUUUUGAUCAAUUUUGUAUUCUGGCAGCUUAUUUGUCAGUAUUGCAACAAGAGAUACAUGAAAGUGGAUGCAUAUCACCAAUUAAAGGGACUAAUGUACCACCACCUCCAGUGUAUCUGGCGAAUUUGCAAGGAUUUCAUUGUCGUCCUGGAGAUGAUAAUAUCACUAUAAAUUUCUUUACGAAGCACAUUCUUAAGACAAGUAGUAGCACAAGUGUACCUGGUAGCGAUGAACGCCAUAGCGAUUGCAGCAGCAACCGUAAUAGAGACAGUGGAACCUCUUCUCCUCAACCUACGGACUCAAUGGGUGCGAUAGCUAAAUCCCGCUCAACACAAACAGGACAAUGCUCAAAAAUGCUCCUCAAUGUCGAGCUAAUGAUGUCAAUUAACAGUAGCUGUUAUAAUGAAAACAAUACAACAGAAGAAGAGAGCGAUUCAAAUGAUUCGGUAUUCUCAAGUAGUGACAGCUCAAUAAAUUCGAUCCAUUGUAGUGGAGAUUCUGCAUUUUCAAGUUUUGAAAUACGUGAUGUAUAUUUGGGAGGAAGUUGCUUUUUGCGGACCAAAUGGCGACAAAAAUAUGCUAUGCCUUUUUUAAAAUCCAAAAAAAUAACGUUCCAUUUACCUGCCUUACACGAGAGUAUUCAGCCGUCCCAGCUUGAUUUACCGGACAAAUCAUUUGAGGAUUCGAAUUCCCAGGGAGCGAAAUCAGAGGAAAAACCUAUUACUGGACACUUGCUGCGGAAAAUGGAACGAGAAAAAGCCCAUAAUAGUGCAAACGACGAUUCGACAAACCACUCAGAAUUCACAACAUGGCCGCUUCAUAUACGCCCGAAUCUCUAUAAUCCGUCGUUGAUGGAUUCUAGCCGAGUGCUUUUGUUCGUUAUAACAAACGAAACCAGAUCACUUGCACCUAUGACGCUUGCAGCCCAUUGCAUCGGUCUUAUGUAUAAUGUUGUGCUUUGCGUUCAAAUGCUUCCCGAAAAUUGCAUAUUAGGACAAGAAGAAUUGACCCCAACAGCAAUAAAGGACUACAACCGAGGCAGGUCAUACCUCAUUGACUUGGCUAAAAGACAAGGCGUUCCCGUAUUCAAUGAUCUCAAAUCAGCGCUCGAGUGUACUGCAGAUAAGAUAAAAGCUUUAAAAUUCCAGAAAGUUUGUCACACAAACGACAUUAACAACAGCGACGAGAAGAAAGGCAUUCAUUGUCCCUCAACAAAUUAAUCAUUGUUCUUUCGUCAUAUUAAUCAACUGAAUAUGAGGACCAAUACAGAAAUAAAUAUUUCUAUCAAAUCGCCACAAGUGAAUGGAACACGAAAUAUUUGAUUAUAAAACAAUGAAUACUGUAAUUUAUUAUGUUAAUUAAUUAAUACUUUUUUAAAGUGUAUGUAUGUAAUACCCAAUUAGACGAAUUUUACUGACAAAAAAUAAUUGACAACAAAUUAAAAAAAUAAAACAAUAAGAAGCGAAUAUAUUAUUUAGUUAAUUUAAAAUUUUGUAAUGAGUGAAAAGAAAUAUUUUUUUAAUGUAAAUAUUUUUUGUACAUAAAUAUAGUAUACAUAUGAUAAUAAAAACAAUAACAUUUAA